AAGUUAAAUGUUCAGGCAGCAAAAGCAGCCGCAUCGCAUAAAAGGGAGUGCACACUUAUAAUUCAAACUUAGUUUGGAAUCGGCGCGUGUAAAGUGUGGUCGAUCGGCUUAGCCGGCGGUGCGAGUGAAAAGUGUGAGUGCGUUUCAAUUGCAGACUACAACAACAACAACAACAACGAGAAGCAGGCGAAGGAGGGACACAUCACACCAAAACGGAAAUCGUUCAAGUUUAACACACCAAAAAAGAUAUAAAACAGAAAAUGGUGUGCGGCGAAAACCGGCGAACUCUUUGCCAUACAACAACACAUCAUAGAAGCGAAUAACCGACAGACAAACACACAGACAGACAGACGUACGGACGAACCACGUGUGCUUUUCUCUCUCUCAGCACAGAAGAAAAGAUGACACGAAUUCAAGCCAGCGAUUCGCUGGUACCACGCCAGAUGUUCGAGGUUGCGGCAGAAUCGGGUGACGAUGGCAAGGCACGUGCCCGCAACAACUCCUCCACAGAUACAUCCAGUCAGGGAUCGGGCGUGAAACUCAAGAAACAAAUCGGACUGCUCGAUGGUGUCGCCAUCAUUGUGGGUGUCAUUGUUGGCGCCGGCAUAUUCGUCAGUCCCAAAGGUGUGCUUAAGUUCUCCGGCUCGGUGGGGCAAUCGUUGAUCGUUUGGGUUCUGUGCGGAGUACUGAGCAUGGUGGGUGCUCUCUGUUACGCCGAAUUGGGCACCAUGAUACCCAAAUCUGGCGGAGAUUAUGCCUAUAUAGGUGCUGCAUUUGGACCUCUGCCCGCCUUUCUCUAUCUGUGGGUGGCGCUGCUGAUCCUUGUGCCCACGGGUAAUGCUAUCACGUCUUUAACAUUUGCACAGUAUCUACUAAAACCCUUUUGGCCUUCGUGUGAUGCACCCAUCGAGGCCGUGCAGCUCCUCGCUGCAGCCAUGAUAUGUGUUUUGACCGUCAUCAAUUGCUAUAAUGUGAAAUGGGUGACUCGGGUGACAGACAUAUUCACGGGAACCAAGGUGGUCGCCUUGAUGGUUAUUGUUGGCGCUGGUGUUUGGUAUUUGGCACACGGCAACACGGAGCAUUGGCAGCAGCCGUUCAUUGGUGGUCACACCGAGCCCGGAUUCAUAGCAUUGGCCUUCUACAGCGGCAUCUUUUCCUACUCCGGUUGGAACUAUUUGAAUUUCGUCACCGAGGAGCUGAAAGACCCGUAUCGUAAUUUGCCACGUGCCAUUUGCAUAUCGAUGCCCGUGGUAACCGUAAUUUAUAUGGUGACGAAUAUAGCAUACUUUUCGGUGCUGUCAACGGAUGAAAUACUCUCGUCGGAUGCCGUCGCUGUCACCUUUGGGGACAAGAUGCUCGGCUUUUUGUCCUGGAUAAUGCCUUUUGCCGUCGCCUGCUCCACAUUUGGCUCCCUCAAUGGCGCUAUCUUUGCAUCAUCUCGACUGUUUUUUGUCGGUGCCCGCAACGGACAUUUGCCAGCUGCGAUUUCACUGAUAAACAUCAACUGCUUGACGCCGGUGCCAUCACUGAUAUUUCUGUGUGUGAUUACGUUGAUGAUGCUGUUCAUCAAGGAUAUUUAUGUGCUCAUCAACUAUGUCAGCUAUGUGGAGGCGCUCUUCACUCUAAUCUCUGUGUCGGGUCUACUCUGGUUACGCUACAAACAGCCGAAGACGGAAAGACCGAUAAGGGUCAGUCUGGCACUGCCGAUCAUCUAUCUGAUUGUGUGCAUGUUCCUGGUGAUUGCCUCGUGUUCACAGUCACCCGGCGAGGUGGGCGUGGGCACCAUCAUUAUACUCUCCGGCAUUCCGAUAUACUAUCUGACAAUACACAAUCCGGUUCAAUGGAUGGCGGACACCUCCCAGGCGAUUAAUAUGUGGUGCUCCAAAUUCUUCAUUUGUAUGCCAAAUCAGGAGAAAUUCAAUUAAGCUUCAUGUGCCUUCUGGUAGAAAUUAAUAAUUUCUAAUUAUUUGUAGCCAUAAGCCUCAAUUAAUUUGAUAUGUAAUUCGCAUGCUAAGUAAUUAGAUUAAUACUGCCCCUGAAUAACUGAAUACUUGAAAAGCACAAAUCGCACGAAUUUUAGUGUAAA